GUUUUUAAAACUCUGGUAUUAAUGUUUUUUAUUUUUAAAUCAUAUAUAAUUUUCGAAGCCUAAUUCAGACAUCAUAAUAUAACUGACGUUGUAAUCGGAAAAAUUGUCCUAUAGAAAAUUAGUGAUAAUGCUGAAUCAAUAAAACGAUUCAAAAUUUAUAUUUUAGAUAAAUAUCUGCAAGAGGAAACAGUCAAAGAUUGAAGACAUUUUAGAUAAUCUCUAUUAUUAAUAAUUAAAAUUCAUUUGUAUUGUUUAAAAUUCUUUAUUAUUGUAUACCCAUAAAAAAGUGUAAAUUAUAUAUAUAUAUAUAGAUAUAUAACCAUAAAAAUGUCUCAAGAUACUAUACAAACACUGAUAGAUAUGGGUUUUCAAAAAGAAAAAGUAGAGAAAAGUGUUUCAAUGACUGGUAAUCAAGGUGUUGAAGCAGCAAUGGAAUGGCUCUUAGCACAUAAUGAUGAAAAUGAGCCCUCAACUUCUCAAAGUAAUAGUAAUGCAAGUAAUACCUCAGUUCCAAAUGCUUCAUCAUCAUCAUCUAUAGCGAAAUCAUAUAAAUGUGAAGAUUGUAACAAGCUAUUUGUUGAUACAACUGCAUUAGAAUAUCAUGCUAUGAAAUCUGGCCAUAGUAAUUUUUCAGAAUCGACCGAAGAAAAAAAACCAUUAACCGAAGAAGAAAAAAAAGAGCAAAUGAAAAAAUUGGAGGAAAGAUUAAAAGAAAAGCGUAGAGAGCGAGAAAUAAGAGAGAAAGAGGAAGAAUUGGAAAGAGAAAAAAUGAGAAUUCGUUCUGGAAAAGAGUUAGCUGCUGCCAAAAAAAAGCUUGAAGAUGAAAACAUAAAAAAGAUAAUGGAUGAAAGAAAACGUGAAAAACAAGAAGAAAAAAUAGCUCGAGAAAGAGUAAAAGCUCAGAUUGAAGCAGACAAGUUGGCUAGAAAAAAAAUGUUUGGGUCAACUUCCGGGGAAGAACAAAAGCCAGUUAAUAUUCAGUCAACAGUUGCAAGUUCACAACAACAAUCUAAAAUUUACACUGAAACUAAACUACAAAUUCGCCUUACAAAUGGUCAAACUAUAGUUCAAACAUUUAAUAUCAAAGAAAUGCUUGCUGCUGUUAGAGUUUAUGUUGAAUUAAAUCGUACUGAUGGUGAAGCACCAUUUUCACUUAUGACAAGUUUUCCAAGAAAAGUUUUUACAAAUGAAGAUUAUGAAAAACCUCUUGAUCAACUAGGCUUGGUUCCAAGUGCUGUUCUCAUUUUGACUAAACCAGUUCAAUAAAAAAGAAAGACACAAGAUGGUGGAUCUGUUUCGAACAUUAAGAUUCAUUUAAUUAUAAUUAAUGUCUUUUAAAUAAAUUGUCUUUUGUUAAUAGUGUCAAUGAAAAAUAAUAAUUUUUAUCAAAUUAAAAAAAUUUAAACAUAAUGAA